UGAGCGCUGGAGAAAACAGAAAAGCGCUCUCACGCCCAGAGAGCUCAACUUUUUCCAAGUCAGCUCACUGCUCUUGAUACAGCGCGCCGAGACUCAGACAAGGAGAAGAAAAGUAACUUGUACCUGAAGUAAUCCUGACCGGGGGUCUCCACUUUUUCCCGUGAGCAACGGGUCUUGUCUGGAAGUCAUGCAAAGCGUUCUGGACAGUUUUCGGCCGCGUGAGGAACUUCAGUGAAGACGUUUGCUCAUUUUUCCAUGUCAGGGAUGGCUAUCUUGUCGUUCUCAUGGGCUAAGAUGCCUCUCCGAGUCUCUGUGUCUCCGUAGCUGAGCUGUGGCUGUGCUGUGCUGUGCUGAGCGGGCUGUGGCUGUUCGCUCGGUGGUCUUCGCUGCUUCACGGAUGCUCAGUGAACCCACAGGUCGCCGCCUCGGUCCGGUCUAUGCAGGCGCGGGAACAAAAGAGAGCGAGAAGUCAGCCGCGACUUUCAUGAAGGCGAGCUGGUAGCGCGACUCGGUCGUUUUUCUGCACGACUUUUGCACGCGAUGGCCGGCGUGGUGCGCAGCCUCAGCCGCUGUCUGCUGCCCGCCGAGGCCCCCCAGGAGAGGAGCAGCGGGAAGGAGGACGCGCGGGCUCGAGAUGCCAACCAGGAGCGCGAGGCCAAGCGCAGGAGUCGCGAGAUCGAUGCCAUGCUGGCGCGCGAGAGGCGCUCGGUCCGCCGCCUCGUCAAGAUCCUCCUGCUGGGAGCGGGAGAGAGCGGGAAGUCCACUUUCCUCAAGCAGAUGAGGAUUAUCCACGGCAGGGAGUUCGACCAGAAAGCUCUGCUGGACUUCAGAGACACCAUCUUCGAGAACAUCAUCAAGGGCAUGCGGGUGUUGGUGGACGCUCGGGACAAGCUAGGUGUCCCCUGGCAGAACUCAGAGAAUGAGAAGCAUGGCAUGUUUGUGAUGUCGUUCGAGAACAAGGCGGGCUUGCCAGUGGAGCCCUGCACCUUCCAGCUGUAUGUGCCUGCCCUGCAGGCACUGUGGGGUGACUCAGGCAUCCAGGAGGCGUACGGGCGCAGGAGCGAGUUCCAACUGAGCGAAUCGGUGAAGUAUUUCCUGGACAACUUGGAUCGCAUUGGGCAAUUGAAUUAUGUCCCGAGUCGUCAGGACAUCCUACUGGCCAGGAAAGCCACCAAGGGCAUUGUGGAGCACGACUUUAUCAUCAAAAAGAUCCCCUUUAAGAUGGUGGACGUGGGAGGCCAGCGGUCACAAAGGCAGAAGUGGUUCCAGUGCUUCGACGGCAUCACCUCCAUCCUCUUUAUGGUGUCGUCCAGCGAGUACGACCAGGUGCUGAUGGAGGACCGCCGCACCAACCGCCUGGUGGAGUCCAUGAACAUCUUUGAGACCAUUGUCAACAACAAGCUCUUCUCUAAUGUCUCCAUCAUCCUCUUCCUUAACAAGAUGGACCUGCUGGUGGAGAAAGUGGCCAAGGUCAGCAUCAAUAAGUACUUCUCCGACUUCCGUGGGGACCCGCACCGGCUGGAGGAUGUGCAGGCCUACCUGGUGCAGUGCUUCAACCGGAAGCGGCGCAACCGCAGCAAACCACUGUUCCACCACUUCACAACGGCCAUCGACACGGAGAACAUCCGCUUCGUUUUCCAUGCCGUCAAGGACACCAUCUUGCAGGAGAACCUCAAAGACAUCAUGCUGCAGUGACUGAGAAAUCUCUGCCAGUCUGAUGGAACUAUGCCACUGUAAUUUUGCCACUGUGAGAGGAGACUGCCUUCUGGACAUCAUUUCUAGCCAGUUUCAGCAGGCUAGAUGAAUAGGUAAUAAACAGCGAUAAUAUUGGUUAUGUAACUAAUAUUACUGCUUUUAUGUAAGAUAGCACCAACCAUGUGGUCAACUGUUUGAAAAAAAAGACUGUUGGGCUAUUGUUAGGACUCGUACCACUAUGUAAAGGAUUAGGGUGAGACCACAGAAAAUCGAGACAAGUCGUCUGUUUAGUAGAACUGAAAUUAUGACAGUAGCAUGUGAAUAUGAACAUUUGGAAUAUGAAUAUUUGAAAAAAAAAAAACACUGAGAUUUGUUUGUGUGUAUAUGUGUAUGUACAUGGAGGAAAACAGAGGCAAGCAGCCACUGAGCAAGUGCAAAAGCUUCAAAAUCUGAUUCGAGCUUAUUGCAUUUAGAGACGCAGCAUUGGAGUUAGUCAUGAUGAAGUUGAAAUGAAUCACAGACGUCCUGACUGCUCCUAAUCACGCCUCAUCUGUUUUCCUCUGCAAUGCUGUACAAAAGGCCUUAUUAAUUAAAAACAAUGGGGACCUUAGUGAAGCCAAGAGCAUCUGACAGUGUUCUACGUCAGCAAGUAAAAAUGGCUCAACCCAAAUAUUUCUUCCCUGGCAAACUUUGAGCAUCUCUUUAUGGUUGUACAUUCCCAUUGCUUUCUCAAAGUCACAACAUUAUCCAAGCACUUCUGAUACUGACCACGCCAUUUCUUCAACAAGUACCCACUGAAAAGCUUUGUAACUACACUUCUGCACUAACAUUUACAUUUGACCCCUAGAUGUUGAAUUUUUUUCCAUAUUAUUUCAAUAUAAUAGCAGCUUUAUAUGCAAACUCAUGUGGGUCCUUCAGGAGUAUUAUCUCUGAAUUUAAGCAAGACGUUAUGCAAAAUGUGUGUAAUUAAUUAAACAGGGUUUUUUGUACAUAGAUUUCAUAAUCUCUUUUUAUGGACGAUAUUUUCCAGUGCUUUUGACUUUCACAUGUCUCUCUCUGGGUUGCGUCAAGCUACAGGUGUUCUUCAUUGAUUUAUAGGGUCAAAUCACUGGUGAUACCAUUCAAUCAACACUAACUUCAGAUGUUUAAGGUGUCUUGAAAUGUCAUUUCUGCACUGCAUGUGUACAUUACGGUUUGGGAUAAUGAUGUGGAUGUUACUGCAAUGCGUCUCCUGUGGUUUCAGUGGUUCACUUUGUGUAUUCAGUUUAUCAGACUGCACAGGGAUACAAGAAGAAGAAUACCUGGAGCCGGCCAGCCAGUCUGAUCUCAAAGAGGAGGCGAAGAGUUUCUCCCACAGCUUCAGCUGAGAAAGGAGGCUUAUCUGGGUCCAGGAGCAGCUCAGUGUGUGUGUGUGUACUUCGGUGUGAUUUAUAGAGGUGUGAAGCUCCCCCGCUGGUAGAGCACUGUGAACCUCCCAGAGGUAUUUGCGAAUGCUGAGGGCACUCUGAUGUGGGGGCGGGGAUUGACUUUUUCCCUGGCUGUUUCCUACAUCACAGGCAGCCUGUGCUGACUCAUGCACUCUCCGGAGAUAGAGCAGCUCCUUCAAACGGCCUUUUACACGCAGGUGUCGCUUCGUGGAUGUGUUUGUUCUGUGGUGUUUUUGCAUAGAAAGUUUGAGUUAUGUUCUAAAAAUGCACCUAAGCACAUCACCCUCUUCUGCCGUUGUACUGAGCGUGAAGUAUUUCAUCCAUCUCCUGCUAACCAAAGAAGAGAGCAUGAGCUGGGAACACUUUGUCAUCAAGAUCCCUCAAAAGCAGCAGAAACGGGAUCUGCGGGCUCAGGCCUGAUAAAUCAGUAACAGCCCAUCUGACUCUUAUAACCAGCACAGGCCGCAGGGAUCUUGAUGCACGCUAGUAAAUAUGUGGUGUUGUGUUCAGCCGCACCCUAAUGCCUCAACCCUGGAAGCACCUUCCAACAGCUUACAUGUGAAGGCCGGAUGCCUCGUUCAUGUGCUGCCUGUCAAGUGGAGCGUCUUCUUCCUCACGCUCUAAAUCUGCCUUUAAGAAAACGAAACUGCUCGGUGGCGUUUAAUGAGCAUUUAAUGUAAUGUCUAAUUUAAUAAGCUUUCAGAGGAAUGCAGAUGGCAACUAGCAGCUCACCGACGCCGCCUCUUUGUUCCACCGAGUGCAAAGUAAUAAACCCCUUGAAUAUAAUUCAUUAAAAAGGUGGUUGAACAGGUCCUAAUGCAAAUCAGUGCACCAUGUUCUCUGAGUGAAAUGUUCAAACCUAAAUUGCAAUUUCAGUCUACUGACAAUUCUGGAAGCUUGACAUCUGCUCUAGUCUGCUCUGAUAAAGAAUCACUAACAGCUAUCACUGGUAAUAUGAUAUCUACUUCCUCCUCUUUAGCAUUAUAUGAUACUGUACUGUUUCUGACCAACUGUGUGACUUUCAAACAUCUGUUUCUCUGUUUUUAUGACUAGUGACUGUAAAAAUUGUGAAAAUUUCAGAUGAACUGUAUUACUGAUGUUUUGUAUAUAAGAACUGUAUAGAUACAAUAAACGGUGUUAAUGUUGAGUGCUAUUUUUGACACUCCAUACUACA